GGUAUAAAGUCCAAAGAACAAGCUUCCCCCCACUUCAGUGCAGAGUUUUCCCCCUCGCCAGAGUUCCGACUCUCUCCUCUGCCAGCAACAGAUUUGCUUCGCAGUCCUUUGUCUCUCGGUCCCUCCUUGCCCGCUGACACCCUUCCGCCAUGCCCUCGGGGACUAUGCCAGUCACACUGCUGCUCCUGGCACAGGUGGGCUUUGUGAGGCUGGAAGCCAUCCAGUGCCCGCCCUGUUCCGAAGAGAAGCUGGCACGCUGCAGAGAACCGGUGGGCUGCGAGGAGCUGGUGCAGGAGCCGGGCUGCGGGUGCUGCGCCACUUGCGCCUUGGCCAGAGGGAUGCCCUGUGGGGUCUACACAGCACGCUGCGGCUCAGGGCUGCGCUGUUACCCGCCGCGGGGAGUGGAGAAACCCCUGCACACGCUUAUGCAUGGCCAAGGGGUGUGCAUGGAUUUGUCAGAAGUGGAAGCCAUCCAAGAGAGUCUCCAGUCUACAGAACAGGAGGAGGCUGAACUCCCCAACAACAACUUGAACCCCUGCAGCAGCCACGACAAAAAAUGCCUCCAGAAGCAACAUGCCAAACUACGUGAGAGGAUGAAUCUUGGGAUCAAGAUGAGGAACACUGGAAUCCUACCUCCCCGGGAGGAUACCCGGCCAGUGAUCCCAGGUGUGUGUCAGAGCGAACUUCAUAGAGCACUGGAGAGAUUAGCAGCUUCCCAAACCCGGACCCAUGAGGAUCUUUACAUCAUCCCAAACUGCGACCGCAAUGGGAACUUCCACCCCAAACAGUGUCACCCGGCGUUGGAUGGACAACGGGGCAAAUGUUGGUGUGUGGAUCGGAAAACCGGAAUCAAACUGCCAGGGAGCCUGGAGCUCAAGGGAGAUCUGGACUGCCACCAACCGACAGAGGCAGGCCAAGCGUAACUUGACUGAUCAGAAGCCGAUAUAGGGUAUUCCUUGGGGAGCAGCCAAGGAAAGCAAGAUGGUGCUGUUGGAAGAAGAGAUGAAACACCAACUGGGACAUUAUUACCACUCUGGGGGGUAUUUUUUGUGGGUGGAGGAAACAAUACAUGACAGCAACAUCUACCCCCCCACCCCCCCGUAACUGCAUUAAUCUGCACAUGCCAGCCAACUAGCAUCCUUGGGCGUUUAAUUGGGUAGCAACUUACAGUCAGAGUUCUUUCUUCAUAGACUUUGGACAUGAUUUUUCAUUGGAGAGACCAGUGAUAACAAAGGGCCUAAAAUCUUUAUUCUUCAAUUCUUGAGCGAGGUCUUUUGAUCAAGUCCCCCAGGUAGACCAGUUUUUGCUUUUAGCGCAAACUGCUGGAGGCUGAUUUUGUCUUCAAGGGUUUCCGCUGGGAAACGGAAAAGGGGAUUGACGGAGGGAAUCUUCUCCACUGAUUUCCCCCCGAAUGUAAGCAAGCCAAACAACUUCCCCCGAAUGUAAGCAAGCCAAACACUUCCUCCCAACCCAACCAGGGAGUUCUCCUGCUUUAAGGCAAGGGCCAUAGCAGCUUAACGUGUGGAAACAUGGCAGUAAAGAACAUCACCUGGUAUUUGCAGCUGUCCAAACUGAUGUAAUCCAAGGACUCAGUUCCAGAUCAGAAGGGAUGCCAGUUCUGGGCUGGGAAAUACCUGGAGAUUUGGGGGAUGGUGCCCCCUUCUCUUCUCUUCUCUUCUCUUCUCUUCUCUUCUCUUCUCUUCUCUUCUCUUCUCUUCUCUUCUCUUCUCUUCUCUUCUCUUCUCUUCUCUUCUCUUCUCUUCUCUUCUCUUCUCUUCUCUUCUCUUCUCCUCUCCCCCUCCCUAAUUCACCCCCGCAGGGUGAGCGGGCCAUGAUUAGAUGAUAGGUUUUCUCCCCAGGAUGGUUGGGAGUCCUCCUCCCUGCCCUUCCCCUGAGGGUGGGUUAGUUAUGAUCAGAGGAUGGACUCCCUUCACCUCUCCCCCUUCCUAACCUUCCCUCCCUAACUCUCCCCCCACCCAGGUGGGUGGACCAUGACUAGAUGACCCUUCCUUUCCCCUC